GCGACACUUGAGGCCCGCAGUCGCCCGGGAUUGUACAACCUGUAACAAAAACAUGGCUCCAUCACCUACCAAGCGGAAGGAAGAGGAGAAAACUAAAGACCGAGCCAAGGAGAAGUCUGCCGCCAAGGAUGGCGAAAAGGACAGAGGGCGGGAGAAAGCCAGGAAACGCCGCAGCGCGUCCACCGGCAGCAGCAGCAGCAGGUCCCGAUCGAGCUCCUCUUCCAGCAGCAGCUCCGGUUCCAGCUCGGGCUCGUCCAGCGGCUCCAGCUCCUCCGGAAGCAGCCACUCGGGGUCCUCCAGCUCGCGGUCGUCCUCCUCUUCCAGCUCCUCGGGAUCGCCCAGCCCGAGCCGCCGGCGCCACGACAACCGCCGCCGCUCCCGCUCGGCGUCCAAAACACAGAAGAGGGGAGACGAUAAGGAUAAAGAUAAGGAUAAGGAGAGGAGGAAAAGAACUCCCAGCCCCAAACCGACCAAGGUUCACUUAGGACGACUGACCAGGAAUGUCACUAAGGACCACAUCCAGGAGAUCUUUGCCACGUACGGGAAAAUCAAGUCGGUGGAGAUGCCCAUGGAGAGGCAGGUCCCGCACAUGUCCAAGGGCUUCGCUUACGUGGAGUACGAGAGCCACGAGGAGGCCCAGAAGGCGCUCAAGUACAUGGAUGGAGGUCAGAUCGACGGACAGGAGAUCACGGCGGCCGCCGUGCUGCCCCAGAGGGUCCGUCCUCCCCCUCGUCGCCUGUCUCCCCCUCGCAGAAUGCCCCCGCCGCCGCCCAUGUGGCGACGCAGCCCCCCGCGCAUGAGGAGGAGGUCCCGCUCCCCGAGGAGGCGUUCGCCCGUACGCCGCCGCUCUCGUUCCAGAUCUCCCGGCCGCAGGCGUCACCGCUCUCGCUCCAGCUCAAACUCGUCCAGAUAAACAAGUUUUCUGCUUCCAGUGGAAUUUCAAGUUACUUUUUAUUACUACAAAAUUACAAAACAAACAUGUUGCCCUCGUGUAGAUGUUCUUUUUUUUUUUGUUUUCUUUUUUUGUGAAUUUCAAAGUGAGUUUCUUUUAAUUUUUGUUAUGUUGAUCCUGACGAGUACAAGCAGAAAUUGUGACCCUUUGUACUCUGUAUUGACAGUUUGAAGAAUAAAACUUGUGAAACGUCAA